CUAAGGAGAUCGUGGUGCAAGACGAGGCUGAUGUGUGCCUCGCCUGUUCCCUUUUAUCUCAUUUUCUCCCAAUUCCCGUAAUUCGUUUGUUAAAAUUCACUACUGGGAGGCAAGAUGGAUGCUUUUCCUAACAGCCAAGCAAGCACGCAGGGCUGGCGCGAGACGCAGGAGGUGGCAAGCCAGUCAGAAUAUGAAUUGGCUGAUAUAGAGAAUGUCUGGGGCCGACUACUCUCUGUCAGAGAAAAUGUCUCAGUUUAUAACUUAAGCAAAAACUCUUACACUUUUGGUAGAGGAGACGCCGACCACCAAUUCACAAGGGACCAUUUUGACAAUUCACUUUUGCCGGCCAUUUCAAAAAUACACUUUCGAGUGAGUCGAGAGACCAAUAUCGGCAAUGAAGUGGUCCUGCUGGAAGACCUGUCAUGCAAUGGUACUUUUGUCAACAAGAAGCAGGUCGGGAGAGGGAAGAAGGUCGUUCUGCAGAACAAUGAUGAGAUCUCACUUGCACAUGCCAAUAAAAAAGUAUUUGUGUUCUACGACUGCCUGCAAAACGACGACAGCAAUUACCCCCCGCAGUUGACGCAAUUGUACACUAUGUCGAAGAAAUUGGGUGAAGGCACCUUCGGGGAAGUCAGAUUGGCAUACAAGCAGGACACUCUCGAACGCUGUGCUGUCAAAAUCCUCAGGAAGAAAGGCAGUCAGAUUGUCCUCAAUAAUAUCAACACAAUCAACAAUGAAAUUAAACUUCUGCAAUCAGUGGACCACCCAUGCAUCAUCAGGCUUCAGGAUGUGAUCGAUACUCCAGAAAAAAUCUACAUUGUGAUGGAGCUUGCUGAGGGUGGGGAGCUGUUUGACAGGCUGGCCUCCAACCGCAGACUGCCUGAGUCGACUGUCAAAUUUUACUUCUAUCAGUUGGCACUCGCAGUUCAGUACCUGCACAGGAAGAACAUCACACACAGGGAUAUUAAGCCAGAAAAUGUCCUCCUUGGCUCAGAUGAGGAAUUCACACGCAUCAAGCUGACAGACUUUGGCCUGUCCAAGUUUGCAGCAGAUGCCAGCCAGAUGACCACCUUCUGCGGCACCCCAACUUACAUAGCCCCAGAACUGCUGGAUUUUGGUCCCUUGUCGUACACCAACCGUGUGGACAUGUGGAGCCUUGGAGUGGUGCUGUUUGUAAGCCUGGCUGGUUACCCCCCUUUCCACGCUGACAAUGAUGGCAUGUUGCGCUACCGCAUAAAGAACGCUGUCUACAACUUCAACCAUAACUGCUGGCAAGAGGUGUCAGAGGAGGCUAAAGACAUGAUUCGCAAACUCCUAGUUAGCAACCCUGCGGAGAGGCUGGACAUCGAGGGAGCGCUCAAACAUCCUUGGUUACAGGACACAGCCAUGCAGAGAAAGGCGCUGGACCUAAUCAACCAAGACAGCCGGCUCGUCUCGCCCCAGAAGAAGAGAGCCCUAGAUGAUGACGGUGAUGAUGAGGGCGUCGACCUAAUAAUGCCUGACAGCAAAACACCAAAAAUUCAGUCGCCAACGUUCAACAAGAGAUUGUGAAGUGAUACAGGAUAGUGUUGAUUUUGUAUAUUUAGAAAAGAAAAAUGUGUAAUUAGUUUUCUCAUAAAGCAUUCCACGUGAUAAUAGACAAAAGUAACGGCAUCUCUUGUUACACAAUUAGUUGACACAUGACAGAUUGUAAGAUCUUCAAUAUUCCCUUCCAGAUAUGAUUAUCUGCGAUCAAAUAUAUGAUAUUGUGAUUCUGUUCCAGUAUUGGUAAGGGCCUCAAACCCUUGUGGAAGUGAGGCCAGACAUUCUAAACUGGGAAGUGCAAGUGCCUAGGCAGGACUCCAGUCAGCUGUGAUCAAAAUUUCUUUAAUUCUUCUUCCAUCCAUUGGCUUUUCAUUUCAUUUCUAUAUCAUUCACAUUUUCUAUUUAAAGUAAUUUUUAUUACACAUGCACCUCUAACAAAGUAGCAAGGGAAGCCAGCAAAUAAGAUAAAGUUUGGCAAUUAUAGUGAUGAUGAUGAUGGUUCUUAGCACUUAAAUUAUAAGCCAGUCUUUAUGUUUGUGUGUAUAUAUAUAU